AUGGCGAAUGAGAGAUCAAACGAAAUAGUGCUGUCGGAUAGCGAUGAGGAGCUUGAUUUCUCUAGCUUGAGCUCUGUGAAUGCUUCAGAAAAAGUAGUUAUUGAUCUAUCGAGUGAUGACAUCGAUCCAAGUGGUAUAGUGCCGCCUCAGCCGAGGAAAACCGCAGAUUCUCGGCCUGCUAGCUCGGCACCUCGCAUGGUACAGACAAAAUUACCGUUUGUCUCUAGCAGUCCAGUGGGAGUGACUAUAAGAAGCUCUCCUGUAUCAAGCAGAGACUCAAACUCCAUAACUGGAACGCGCAUUUUCGAUCUUUCAUCCCAACCGCCGGACGAGACCCCUACUCAUCAUGCUAUAGACUAUGAGAAAGCGAAAGCUUUUGUAUACCCUGUGGACUACCCCGUAAGAGACUACCAAAGGAACAUUAUUCGCAAAGCAUUGCUCAAGAACGUUAUGUGUGCGCUCCCAACAGGCUUGGGAAAGACAUUUAUUGCAAGCAUUGUGAUGCUCAAUUGGUUCAGAUGGACGAAGGAUGCGAAGAUUAUUUUUGUGGCCCCUACAAGACCUCUUGUAAGCCAGCAAGUUACUAGUUUCCUUGAAAUUUCGGGAGUUUCGGUGAAUACUACAUGUGCUUUUAUUCAGGAUCUAGUAAAAAGGAACCAAAGAGCCGAGCAAUGGCAGACAAAACGCGUUUUUUUCGCAACCCCCCAAACAGUUGUGAAUGAUAUCAAUGCUGGACUGUUGGAUCCCCAAAGCGUGGUUUGUCUCGUUGUCGAUGAAGCGCAUCGUGCAACCGGUAACCAUAGCUAUGUGGAGCUUGUGAAGCUGCUGGACGAGAACAAAUCUUUUAGGAUUUUGGCAUUAACAGCUACACCAUCUGGUCAUUUUGAAGGCGUCCAGGAAGUGAUUGAUAAUUUGCAUAUCUCGCAUACGGAGUUUAGAUCUGAUUCCUCGCUUGACCUGCGUCCAUAUCUGCACAACAAAAAGGUCGAAAGAAUUGUAACACCAUUUUCAAAAGAGCAGCAGGAAUUGAUUGAAUUGGUUGGUGAUCUGUUGACACCGUUUAUGCCAACUCUGUUGAAUAACAAAGUCAUUUACAACCGCGACCCGACAUCGUUACAUCAUUUCCAGCUGUUGGAGGGUCUGAAAAAAUACAGUGCUAGCCCAGCGGCUCGAUCAGGGUCUCCAAUUGUAUUCCAAGUUCGAGCUGCAGCUAAAAUCGUGCUGUCUGUGCUUUAUGCUAUGGGACUUUUGAAGACACAUGGGAUAUACCCGUUUUACGAGCGAAUGCGUACACUGCAAGCAGAAUAUGACGAUAAAAAAGGAAAAGCUGGCAAAAAUUUGACCAAAAUGGUCACGGAUAAAGCCUUUCAAAGGAUUAUGCAAACUUGCCAACAGCUGAUUUACGAGCCCUCUGGACAAAGACGACUGGAUUUCUUUGGCCAUCCUAAACUUGAAAGACUGGUGGAAAUCGUCAAGAACUUCUUUUUAACUGCCGGGGCAAGUGGGCUGAUGAUUAUUUUUGCUGAGUUUCGCGAUUCUGCGGCCGAAAUCAUGUGGGUUCUUAAGAACCACUGCAGCGACUAUGUUGAGCCUAGCCUGUUUGUUGGACAAGCUAGUAAACAGGGAGGUGUUUCCGUGAAAGGAAUGAGCCAAAAGGAACAGCGACAAAUUAUAGACAAGUUCAAAACUGGAGAGAUCAAUGUGCUAAUCGCUACGUCUAUUGCAGAAGAAGGGCUAGAUAUUGGACAGGUUCAGUGCAUUGUUUGCUACGAUCAGUCUCAAAGUCCUAUCCGAAGCAUUCAACGAAUGGGACGCACUGGACGCAAAGGAGACGGAUCCGUGUAUUUGUUGAUGACGGAAAAAGAAAAAGAUAAAAACAUACUUGCAGUGCAAGGUCACAAACAUAUUCAAAAAUUGGUGGAGACCAGCUCAGCGGGAGGCAAAAUGCUGGUCUACCACGAGUCUUCUCGCAUCAUUCCUGCCGAAUGCUCACCUAAAUACGAGGAAAUCAAAAUCACUGUCCCACAGGAGAAUCUUGACGCGCUAUCUGCAGGUGAUAUAUUAGACGCAAUGAGGGCAUUUAUACCUAGAAAGCGCACUACAACGAAGCGGAAGCGUGCAGAAAGUCCUGAAGAAGAAAAGCCGCAACAAAAGCAGUUCACUACGGCAUUCGACGCGUGGAAAUCCGAAGACAUGACCACCUCUGCGGAUUUACCCUGA